AAACCUGCUCCCCUCGAUUCCCAUCCGCUCCGCGUAUCCCCGCUCGCCCGCCCACCUCAGCUCUUCCGCCGCCGCUCUGCUCCUUGCCUCCUUCCAACCUCAAAGCCGUGGCAAGCUCCGCGCCGCAAACCCUAGCCGCCGCAAUGGCCUUCCUCGCUCCCGCCGCGGCCGCCGCCUCCUCCCUCCGCGCCCCCGCCUACGUAGCCGCCUCCUCCGGGCGCCGCUCGGUGCUCCCCGCGGCCGUCAAAGCCACGGCCAGCUCCGGCUCCGGGUCCGCCACCUCUGCACACCACAUCCUCUCCUCCCUCCGCAUGGCCGCCUCCGCUGCCGUCCUCCUCGCCGCCACCUCCCCGGCCCUCGCGUGCACCCCCUCCGCGCCUCCGCCUCCGCCCACUCCCCUAACGGCCGCGGCAGAGCCCGACGACCCCGUCCAGGACGCCUCCCUCCCGUUCGAGCAGCUCAUCGUCGAGACCGCCGCGCUCGCGCGCGCCGGCGACGCGGAGGCUGCGCGCGCCCGCCUGUCUGCCGCCGGAGGAGGCGAGAGCUGCGCGCGCCUCCUCGCGGCGCAGGCGCUGUUCGUGGACGGCAAGGUGGACGAGGCGAUCGCGGCGUUCGAGGAGCUCGCGCGGGAGGACCCCGCCGACUACCGCCCUCUCUUCUGCCAAAGCGUGCUGUACCGCGUCCUGGGGAGGGAGGCGGAGGCCGAGUCCAUGCUCCAGCGCUGCCGCGAGGUCGGCUGCGACUGCGGCGCGCUACUCGUGGAUCCCGCAACGGUGGUCUUGCCGGCCGGUGCGGGAGCAGGUGACGCGGAGGAGGUAGAGCCAGAGCCGGCAAAGGUUUGACCGUGCGACUUGCGGGCCGUGUGACUUGACUUGGAGUAUAUGCUCUGGUGAUACGGAUUAGAGGGAAAUUUAAAACGUCAUUGCUGAUGAUUUUUAGGAUCUGAGUAAAGAUGUCCGUUUACAUGGCUGCUACAGCAAUAAAUUGAACCGCUCAUGAGACCUUCAAACUGUUGUUGAUGGACACUUCAAAAUUUUUGAGUGAUAAUAAUCACAUCGAUUGAAGCCUUAGAUUUGGCCC